CAAAUCCUCGGCGGGGCGUCCGGAUGACUCGGGGGAUGACGUUAGUUAGUUCGCGCGCGUGAAUGGCCUUUAUUUCGGCGGUGCCGCUGCUUCCUCGGUCGAGUGCGCUGUGACUCCUCCAUCCACGUGUUAACAGUCCGUACGAACACUUACCGCGGAACGGUAUGGCCCGAUCGAGAGUCGUCAUGGGCGCGAUUUCGUGGCUGCUUCUGCUCGCCGGCGCCCUGGAGUCCCUCGCCCUGGACGAUUUCUUGGAGAACACGCACGAUUGGAACACGAAGGACUACAUGAAGCGAGAACACUCUCUCUUCAGGCCGUAUCAAGGCACAGGUAUGACGAUACCUAACUGGGACUUCAUGGGAAGCACAAUGGUAACUAAUAAUUAUAUCAGGCUGACGCCUGAUUUACAAAGUAAACACGGUGCCUUAUGGAAUUCUAUGCCAUGCCACAUACGAAAUUGGGAACUGCAGAUUCAAUUCAAAGUGCACGGAAAGGGGAAGGACCUGUUUGGAGAUGGUUUCGCCAUCUGGUAUGCCAAGGAGAGAAUGAAAUCGGGUCCUGUAUUUGGGAAUCAGGACUAUUUUCAGGGAUUGGCAGUGAUUCUUGACACGUACAGCAAUCAUAACGGCCAACACAGUCAUCAGCAUCCUUACAUCUCGGGAAUGAUCAACAAUGGUUCUCUGCAUUACGAUCACGAUCGCGACGGCACUCAUACGCAGGUCGCGGGAUGCGAAGCAAAGUUCAGAAACUUGGAUCAUGAUACGUACAUAGCUAUACGAUACGAGUACGAUACCCUAACUGUCUCCACGGAUCUUGCCAACAAAGCAGCAUGGAAGCAAUGUUUUCAAGUGUCCGGAGUUAAGCUUCCAACGGGCUAUUAUAUUGGAAUUUCUGCUACCACGGGUGAUCUGUCUGACAAUCAUGAUAUACUGUCAAUUCGUUUGUUUGAAUUAGACUUACCAAAUGACCCCAAGGAUCAAGAAGAUAGAUCACAAAUUGUGCCAUCAGCAGCAUUCUAUGAGCAACCAAGAGAACGUAUAGAAGAUACGAAGCAGUCUAGCAUGAGUGGAAUAAAACUUUUCCUACUGAUGUUGAUUGGCGCGCUCGUGAUAAUAGCCUGUGUUGUCAUUGCCAUUAUGCUAUAUCAGAAGCAUCAAGAGAAAAGCAGAAAACGAUUUUACUAAGUCAGGGUUUAGAUAGGUUGUGUGUAUGUGUGUGCGGGGUUUCAAGCGUUGCAGCUUACCGAUUUCUCUUUUAUCCAAGAUUUCUUGUAUACACACAAGAUGUAAAUCAUGAAAUGCUCAUAAGACUGUCUUAGUUUGAUUUCUGUUCCCAAAUUUGAUACAAAUCUUUGUUUUUUGUAUAAAAAUAAGUCUUCGGGGUAAAGGAGGAGUGCGAGUGCGUGUGCGUAUGCAUGAGCGUGUGUGUUUGUGUACAAGUAUUCUAAUAGUUUCAAUAUUUGCAGAAAAUGUUGCCCCGUUAGAUUAUAAUUGUCACAUUGAUUGGACUCAAUGUACAUUUAUUUGAGUUGAUUAUAGUCAGUAAAAAUACAUAUUUAUUGCAGUUCCUUUACCAAAGUUAUUCCUUCUUGAAAUGCCACAUGGAAUUUAACGAAAUAAGUUUUUAUAUACUUGACUCAUAACAAAUACAUAGGAUGGGAAGAUAUUAUAAUGAAUGUAUUGUGACGUGUACAUUGUUAACUUUAGGAGGGUCUUGGAAAAACUCGUAUAUUGUAUGUAUUAAUUUCAAGCCAAAUGUUCAUAUAUACAAGAUCUUUGUGGUAAUAUAUAUAUAUACUUUUUCCAGAACCUUUUUGUAUAUAUAGGUUGGAAAUUAAUUCUAAACUCCAGUGAUUUUAAAUACUUAAGGCAAUAAUACAUCACCGAUAAAAGAGAUAUUUGUUUAAGGAGAUAAAAUGUAGAAAUUUUUAAUUUUUAUUUAUGUAAUUUUCUUUUGCGCAUUAGGUAAUUAUUUUCAUAUGCAGAUACAGAAGAAACUUUAUUAACAUAGAUUUUAUAUUUGUACAUAAAGAAAAGUAAUGUAUUCGAAGCUCCCAUAUUGCAUAAAGUUUGUGAUGGAGUUUAUUUGUAGAAAUGCAACUCUAAACAGGCCAUCGGCCAUACAAAUUAUCCAGUUAGAACUGAUAUCGAACAUCGCAUGAAAGUAUACGCAAUGUGGGGGGUUCUACUGUAUUUCAAUAUAAAAUAACUAUAAAAUAACAUAAUAAAACUCUGUAAUGUAAUCAUUUUAUAUGGAAACUAAGAAAAAAGGGAACCAAACCGUUUAAUAAACAAUUGUCUUGUUAUC